UUCAUAAUUUUAUAUAGUUUAUAGACUAUACCGGUAUUUUCUUAACAAUUUUCUUUCAAUCGAAACGCCUCGGUGUUUCAAACUUUGGGCGCUUUAGACGCACCGUUUCAGCUGGAACGGUAGGAGAGAACCAGAGAGGUUGCUACCGAAAAGCGGGAGAGGGAUGGGAAAGCAAGAGGAGGAAGAAGAGGAAGACAAUAGAAGAGAAGCGGCAAUAGCUUCAACCCUUUCUUUGCAACCCAAUUUCAAGCCUGUUGGUGUCAGUCAUCAACAGCUUUCUAAAUUCCGGGAGCUGCACAGGAGGCGCCUACAAUUAAAAGCAAAAUCAAAGAUACAUAAGAAGCCAAAAGAUCAAACCAAAAAAUUUCAUGCUGAAGACCUCAAUACCAUAGAUUCUCAAGAAGCGGAUUCAAACACCAAAGUUGAAGAUUCAAGUGUUCCCAACUUGAAGAGCCACAGUGAGGAUGAUAAUCCCUUUGCACAGCAAGACAAUGUAGUUGUGCAGGAUGCGCCAAAAAAGCGGCAGAAAUUGCAUUGGGGACUUGAUACAAAGGAAAGGUGGGAAAGGAAAGCCAACAUGUAGAUAUUUCAGAAGAAAAUACAGCAUUCUCAAAGUGAACUCUGAUCUGUUAUCGCAUAUGCGUGGAUGAAAGUUCUACAAGGUCAUGCAGUCUAACAAAUUUUAUUGAGAAAUGUCCACCAUGCAAAAGUUACAUCACUGUAAUGUGUAUCUCAUGUAUACUUCGGGCCAGUUAAGGGAUGCUAGAGAUGGGAAAUGGAAGAAGAACCAGCAAUCCUUUGUCCUAAUUAUUUUGCAAUAUAAUCUUUUGUUAUUAUUA